AUGGCUCCAUACAUGAAUCACUUUAACUUGUUGCAAACCAUCUUCCUUUUAUACUUUUUUUUCAAAUUCAAAUGCAGUGGAUCAUCACUAAGCCCUGAUGAGGAAUGCUCAGCCUUGUAUCAGUUCAAGCAAAGCAUAAUUCAUCAAGAUGAUCCAACUUGUGCUGCUAGUUGGUUUCAAACGUUCCACUCUUGGAAGCCCACUAGCAAUGCAUCAGAUGCUGGUUUUGAUUGUUGUUCAUGGUAUGGGGUGGAGUGCAGAAAUGACCAUGAGAAUGGUCAUGUGAUCGGCCUUGACUUGAGCGAAAGCUUUCUUUGUGGUUGUAUCAACUCUACCAGCACCCUCUUUAGCCUUGUUCAUCUUCAGAGCCUCAACCUUGCAUGGAAUGACUUUAGUGAAUCUCAAAUCCCAUCUGAGAUUGCUGGUCUAAAGCAACUAAGAAGCCUCAAUCUCUCUGCUUCUGGGUUUAGUGGCCAAAUCCCGAAUGAAAUCUCUCAGCUGAUACAAUUGUCUUCUUUAGAUCUAUCACAGAAUCUUCUAAAGUUUCAAAGUCCUAGUGGCCUCAAGAAUCUAGUUCAAAACUUAACAGGACUCGAAGAACUCCAUCUCUCAGGGGUUGACAUUAGUUCUUCCGUACCACAUUUCUUGGCCAACUUUUCUUCUUUGAGGUCAAUCAGGCUACAAAACUGUUUGCUUGAAAAUGAAUUCCCUGCAGCCAUUUUUCAGCUACAGAAGUUGAAAAUUCUUGAUUUGUCAUUCAAUACCAAUCUUACAGGUGCCUUUAGCGAAUUUCGUAACAGCAGCUUACUUGAAUUUGUGAAUCUACGUUCAACAAGUUUCUCCGGGAUUGUACCAGAAUCCAUUAGCAAUCUAAACAAUUUCAGAGUCUUGUCCCUUGGCGAUUGCACUUUCUCAGGGCAUAUUCCAGGUUCACUCUCCAACAUGACAAAACUCACUUACUUGUCUCUUGGUAAUAAUAAGUUCACAGGCUUUGUUCCUUCAUUGGAAAGUCUUUCGAAACUCACCAUUUUAGAUCUCAAUGGUAACAGAUUUGAUAAGGGAGUCUUGCCCAACUGGCUUGGCAUGUUGGCUGAACUUAAUCAAUUAGAUACAUAUGGUAUGAACAUAAACGGUGAAAUACCAUCUUUUCUUGCAAACCUAACCAAACUUACUUUUGUUUCAAUGGGAAAAAUUCUUUUACCGGUCAUAUACCAUCCUGGUUUAUCAACCUUACCCAACUAA